CGGUUGAGCAAAUCAUUUCAGAGAGCGAGUUUGAGAGUUCAGAAUUGCACUACAAUGUCUGCGGUGGCUUCUCUGCUGUAAGCACACAAAGGUUAUGCUGCCCAAAAGCUGUCUGAGUCCCAGUGAGAAAGAGAAGGGCUAAAGCCACACCGAUCCAAACCAGCUUUCCAGAGCCUCUCCAGCAGCAACUCCAGUGUGGAGCAAUGAGCAACCCCAGCGGUCCCAACCAGAUUACAGACGCCGUGACAUCGGUUGUUCACAGCCCAGAGGCCCCUGCCACCUCAUCACUACACGGGACUCCGCGCCCUGAUGAGGAGGAUGAUGGGGACCUGAACAAAGCCUUGGGCGUCCAGCGCUUCCAGCAGAUCCUCAGUCCUGCUUCUGUGGUACCUGAUGAACAGCACCACACCUACCAUGAGGAGGACAUUGAAUACCACCGUCACUCCUCUCACCACAUCCACCGACCUCUGUCCAAGCUGCCCCCAGAGGGACGCAGGAAGAAGAGCAGCAAGAAACGGAGAAAGGACAAAGAUCACAAAAGCAGCCAGGUUCCCAGCAGUGGCCCCAUAGAGGAGGGAGAGGAUGAAGAUGAGGAGGAGGAGGAGGGCACGGAGACAUCUUCAGCUCCAGCUGAGUCGGAGAGAGUCAAAGAUGUGGAGUUCUUUGUUUCGGAUGAAGACCAUGCGGCCAAAGAGACCACUCACGCAGCCCGUGAGCUGGAUAUCGUACCACAGUCUGGGGAAGGAGCAGAUACUGAAGAUGCAUCUUCCUCAGAUAAGCCGGUCUCACCCGACGCUUCGACCUCCACCACUCCCCAGGCAGUGGCUCCUGAACACAUACCACUGGCCAGGGUGUCCUCCGCCAGCCGCAGCUACGACCUGCAAGAGCGCCGCCGCACAGGCAACAUGACGGGUGCUGAGCAGGCCAAGUACCAGCGCAUCCCUACUGACGAGAGCGAGGCUCAGACGCUGGCCUCCGCUGACCUGGACGGCAUCAAGAGUCAUCGUUUCGAAGAUGUUCCCGGCAUGCGCAGACACCUGGUCAGAAAAAGCACCAAGGGCCAAGUGGUGCACACUGGCAAGGACCAUAAAGAGCCGACCACUCGCAGCCGUAAACAGGACCGAACCCCACAUGAGGUGUUUGUGGAGCUGAAUGAGCUGACUAUGGACAAGAACCAGGAGAUGCAGUGGAAGGAGACGGCUCGAUGGAUCAAGUUUGAGGAAGAUGUGGAGGAGGAGACCGACCGCUGGGGGAAACCUCACGUGGCCUCGCUGUCUUUCCGCAGUUUGCUGGAGCUCCGAAAGACCAUCUCUCACGGUGCAGUGCUGCUGGACCUUGACCAGAAAACCCUGCCUGGCAUCGCCCACCAGGUGGUGGAGCAGAUGAUAAUUUCUGACCAGAUCAAGGCUGAGGACCGAGCCAACGUCCUGAGGGCCCUGCUGCUGAAACACAGUCACCCGAGUGAUGAGAAGGAGCACAGUAGCCCUUUCCCCAGGAACAUCUCCGCAGCCAGCCUGGGCAGUCUGAUAGCACACCACCACAAUGCCAAUCACACCCAUCAGCCAGAACCAUCGGUGACCGACCCGCUUAUGGGGACCACCCACGUCACGGGGGACACCGACACGCGCAUAGACGUGGAGAAAAACGAAGUGCAGCAGAAGGAACCGACCUUGAUGUCCGGUAUGCAUCGGUCCAAAUCCAAACAUGAGCUGAAGCUGCUGGAGAAGAUUCCUGAAAAUGCUGAGGCCACUGUUGUUCUUGUGGGCAGCGUGGACUUCCUGGAGCAGCCCACCAUGGCGUUUGUGCGGCUGCAGGAGGCGGUGGAGCUGGAGUCUGUCCUUGAGGUCCCCGUGCCGGUCAGGUUUCUCUUCGUUCUGCUGGGACCCCCCACCACCAGCAUGGACUAUCACCAGAUAGGACGUUCCAUCUCCACACUCAUGUCUGACAAGCAAUUCCACGAGGCAGCCUACCUGGCAGACGACAGGCAGGACCUGCUGAAUGCCAUCAACAGCUUCUUGGACUGCAGCAUCGUGCUGCCGCCUUCAGAGAUGGGAGGCGAUGAGCUGCUGCGCUCUGUCGCUCGCUUUCAGAGGGAGAUGCUGCGCAAGAGGGAGGAGCAGGGGGUCAAACUGAUGGCCAAUGAGCCUAAAAGCCUUGAAGAAAAAGAGGCCCUCCUCACACCCUUGAAAAAGUCAGACGAUCCCUUAAAGCGCACCGGACGUCCCUUUGGUGGGCUGGUACGAGAUGUGCGGCGCCGUUACCCAAAGUACCUCAGUGACUUCAAGGACGCCCUGAACAGUCAGUGCAUGGCUGCCGUUAUCUUUAUCUACUUUGCUGCCCUCUCUCCAGCCAUAACAUUCGGAGGCCUACUGGGUGAGAAGACGGAAGGUCUGAUUGGUGUUUCUGAGUUGAUUGUGUCAACAGCAGUGCAGGGUGUGAUCUUCUGCUUGCUCGGAGCGCAGCCGCUACUCGUUGUGGGCUUCUCCGGACCCCUGCUGGUCUUUGAAGAAGCCUUUUACAGUUUCUGCAAAGCAAACGACAUGGAGUACCUGACGGGUCGCGUCUGGAUCGGGUUUUGGCUCAUCAUCAUCGUGAUCGUCACUGUGGCCUUCGAGGGAAGCUUCCUGGUCCGCUUCGUCUCCCGCUUCACCCAGGAGAUCUUCUCCUUCCUUAUCUCCCUCAUCUUCAUCUGCGAGACCUUCAUCAAGCUCGGCAGGAUUUUCAAGGAGCACCCCCUGAAACGUUGCUCCCUCAACAGCAGCAUAGAAGGGAACACUUCAGAAGAAAAUAUCUCACUCAUGCUGAGCAACAGCACCCAGAAGAUAACGGUCAGAGGCGAGCCCAACACCGCGCUGCUCUCUCUGGUUCUCAUGGCCGGAACAUUUUUCAUCGCUUUCUACCUGCGCAAGUUCAAGAACAGUGCGUUCUUCCCUGGAAGGUUACGCAGGAUUAUUGGAGACUUCGGUGUACCAAUUGCCAUCCUCAUCAUGGUGCUGGUGGAUUACAGUAUAAACGACACAUACACACAGAAACUGAGCGUUCCUGAAGGUUUCUCUGUGACGAGUCCCCAUAAACGUGGCUGGAUCAUCAAUCCUCUGGGUACGAACGGUGAAUUCCCCAUCUGGAUGAUGUUUGCCUGCUGUUUGCCCGCUCUCCUGGUUUUCAUCCUCAUCUUCAUGGAGACUCAGAUCACCACCCUGAUCGUGAGUAAGAAGGAGCGGAUGCUGGUGAAGGGCUCUGGUUUCCAUUUGGACCUGCUGCUGAUUGUGGUGCUGGGCGGUUGCUCGGCUGUGUUCGGCCUGCCGUGGAUGGCCGCCGCGACAGUUCGCUCAGUGACCCACGUCAACGCCCUUACUGUCAUGAGUAAGGCCGUCGCCCCCGGAGACAAGCCUCGCAUCCAGGAGGUGAAGGAGCAGAGGGUCACCGGGCUCUUGGUGGCCAUCAUGGUUGGUAUGUCCAUUGUGAUAGGCAAGCUGCUGCGUCAGAUCCCCCUUGCGGUGCUGUUUGGUAUCUUCCUCUACAUGGGUGUGAUGUCCCUUAAUGGUAUCCAGCUAACAGAGCGGAUGAUGCUGCUGCUCAUGCCACCAAAGUAUCACCCAGACCACACCUACGUGCGCAAGGUCCGUACGCUGCGUAUGCAUCUGUUCACCUGCAUCCAGCUGGUGUGUCUGGGCGUCCUGUGGGCCGUUAUGUCAACCCAAGCAUCGCUGGCAUUCCCCUUCGUCCUCAUCCUCACCGUCCCUGUCAAAAUGUUCCUGCUGCGCCGCAUCUUCACCACCAGAGAGAUUGCAUGUCUGGAUGCGGACGACGCAGAGCCGAAGUUUGACGAGCGUGAGUGUCACGAUGAGUACUCGGAGAUGCACAUGCCUGUGUAACCCCUUUUUAAGAAGCCCUCGUAUCACCACUCAACUCCUCACAGUGGACAAACCAGAAUCCUUCAAUCACUACCGACCAAUGAGUCCUGAAACACAUCACUGUGCACUUGCUUUAUAAUCACUUGUAAACGUACAGUACGUCAGAGGUCUGGGUGGUUGAUACUUUGGUUAACUAUUUAAGUUGCGUUUUAUCAGAUCGUUGGGGUGAAAGAGUGAAAUCCGACAGAGGAGAUCAGACAGAUUCACGUUCACUCAUAAUAUAGUUUUUUAAAUAUAUAUAUAUUUCAGGGGACAAGAGAUUCCAAAUCAAAAGAUGUGAUCUCGAGCUCGAAAUUAAACGCGAUUACAGUAGAUAGGUUUGCAAGACUGAUUAACUUUUAGCCCUGAAAGGUUGCUUUGAUUCACAUUGAAUAUGUGGAGGAUAUAUGGGAUUUAUUCUUUUAUAUUAACAUGCCGAGUUAUUGCUUUUCAAGUUUGUCACUUUGUUCAUGUUUUAAACUCACCAAGCGCCUUAUGAAGGAGAUAAAAAGGUUGUUGUUUUUUUUUGCCCUCAUGCUGUCUUAUUCUAGACAGUCGAUCACUUUACCCGCCUCCCGAAAGCUCGUAGCACUUUUUUUAAGACACCAAAUCUGAACAAUGACUGUAUUUUAUGUAAUCAUUUUAUCUCCUUAGUGUCCUCUUAAAUCUCAUAAAUAUCAGUGUUGCUUUAGUUUUGCUUCUUAAAUGACUUUCUGUGAUUGAUUUUUAACUAUAACCAGUCUUUCCUGUUUUGUACUGAAACAGUUUUAGAUGAAAGUUGGGCUUUUAUGUCAAAUUAUGUAUCCGCAGUGUAUUAAGAUCACCAACAGAGGGAGAUCUAGCAGGACUGUGAUGAUUGCAUACCAAAAACAAUACAUGAACAGGCAGUUUCUCAUUACACUAAUGCCAUGACAUCAUGUUUGUCAUCAUGACACAUUUGGUUUUUUUAUUAGUAGAAAAUUAACACAGUGGCAUAAUGAAUAUACUCUAAAUGUCUCCAUGCACAUGUUUAGGGCACUAAUGUACUAAUGUAGAGUUUGUUUUGAGGUCACACUUGGUGUUGGUUGAUUUAUGGGAAUCACUGUAAGUUAUUAGUUUCUUUGUCCAAGUGCCAAAUGUCUCGUGUAAAUAGUUUUGUGAUCAGAACAAUAAGCUGCAGUUCAGCCAUCUCAACGUCUCCUAACAUUAUAAGCCUACAUUACUACAAUUACACAGUAUAACAUUCCUAGUUUUAGCUUUUUUAAUUUUUUUUUGGGCAUCGACUGAUUGUUUAAACAUUUCAUUUCACGCUCAUGUGAACUUGGUCGACCAAAUUUCCACACAAGCUGUGUAGACAAUCUCAAUAUUCAUGCAUUACUGAGGGGGAAGGCUUUAAAAAUACACAUAUAUAAAUAUACAUAUAUAUAUAUAAAUAUAUAUGUGUAUUUUUUUGUUUUGUGUCAUGUUGUAUCAGUGUGACAUGGAUUGGUUAAAGCUUUGACUGUGUCAAAUAAUACAUUUUCGGUCCUCUGUUACUCUCAAGUGUGUAUUUCAGACACUACUUUUGAACUGGCCCGUCUCAGCCUGACUGUCGUUGUGAUCUUGUGCCUGUCUGGUGUCACAAAGGUGCACAAAAUCUCAAGUGCCUGUGGGACCAUGAAGUGAUCCACUACAGGUGUCUGUUGUGUUUUGUAAGGACGACACACGUGUUACAAUAGUUUGCACUUUUCGAGACGCUCAUAAAUCAAACAUCUCUUUAUUAUUUAUCUGUUGCAAUAUGAGGCAUUAUUGCUGGUUUUUUUUUUUGAAGAUUCAUUUGGAGUAUGUCACAGUUUUUUAAUAAUGUACGCUCACAUUUGUCUGGAUCAUGGACAUGGACAAUGAAGGGGAUGUUAAUGAGAAGUAGGCAGUACAGUGUCAGCUCUAUGUUUGCUUAUUGUGCCUGUGGAUGAAGUGAAGGUUGUCUGUGUAUGCCAAAGUAUCUGUCAAAAGUCAUGAAAUGCUGAUACAAAAUGUUGUUCCAUUUCAAAAGCAAUACAGAGUCCGAGAGGCUAUUGCUGAUGUUCCCUUGUACAUUAAUGGUUGAAAUAUUGAUGACAAAUAAAAAGUUAUUUUCUAUUUA